AGCGGAGUGAUGACGCAACAACCCGGAAGUGUCUGGAGCCCCUGGAAGUGGUAGCGGCAGAGAUGGACGAUACACUCUUCCAGCUGAAGUUCACAGCAAAGCAGCUGGAGAAGCUAGCCAAGAAGGCCGAGAAGGACUCGAAGACUGAGCAAGCCAAAGUCAAGAAGGCCCUUCAGCAGAAGAACGUAGAAUGUGCUCGUGUCUAUGCAGAGAAUGCAAUCCGGAAGAAGAACGAAGGUUUAAACUGGCUUCGGAUGGCUUCCCGAGUGGAUGCAGUGGUCUCCAAGGUGCAGACGGCAGUGACCAUGAAGGGGGUGACUAAAAAUAUGGCUCAGGUGACCAAGGCCUUGGACAAAGCUCUGAGCUCCAUGGACCUGCAGAAGGUCUCGGCGGUGAUGGAUAAAUUUGAGCACCAGGUUCAGAACUUGGAUGUUCACACCUCGGUGAUGGAGGACUCCAUGAGCUCUGCUACCACCCUGACCACGCCGCAGGAGCAGGUGGACAGCCUCAUCGUGCAGAUUGCCGAGGAGAAUGGCUUGGAGAUCAUGGACCAACUCAAUCAGCUCCCCGAGGGGGCUUCGGCAGUGGGGGAGAGCUCCGUCCGCACCCAGGAAGACCAGCUGUCCCGAAGAUUGGCUGCCUUGCGGAAUUAAAGUCUCCCAUUGUUCUGGAUGAUCACUGUUCCCCUACUGAUUGUGCAUCGAGUGGGGAGAUG